AUGUCGCCAACUCUCAAGCGUCUAGCUACUGAGGAUGGAAGCGUCUCGCCCCCACCAUUAAAGCGCACAACGCCCUCGGCCAGUACAACCACAAAUGCAGCUGUAGCCAACUUCUUCAAACCAGCCUCCCAGAAGGACCCCGAAAAAGUGACAUGGAAAGUCAUUGACAACACAUUACUGUAUUGCAGGUACGACAAGGCCGAUAGCUUUGCUGCAGACAGGCCACGUAAAAUUGCUGCCUUCGACUUCGAUUCAACUCUGGUCGAUGCUAAGUCCGGCAACCGCUUCGCAAGGGACGGUGAUGACUGGAAAUGGUGGCAUAGACAAGUUCCCUCAAAGCUGAAACAACUAGCUGAAGAAGGAUACUUGAUAGCAAUUCUCAGCAACCAAGGCGGUAUUAGCAUGAACAGUGCUUCAAAGACAAUCAAUUCAGACAAGAAAAGACUGGCCGACUUCAAGCAGAGAGUCAAAAAUGUCCUCAUUCAAUUAGACCUACCCAUCGUCCUCUAUGCCGCUACCGACAAAGACAAGUUCCGCAAGCCACGCGCAGGAAUGUGGCAUAAGCUGCUAGAGGCACAAGGCUUGACUGGUGAAGGCGAUGUUGACCUUGAAUCUUGCUACUUUGUCGGCGAUGCAGGAGGUCGAACAGCCAGCGCUAGAGGUAUCAAGGCAGACUUUUCUUGCUCAGACAGAGAUCUGGCUAGCAACGUCGGCAUCACGUUCAAGACCCCAGAAGAGUUCUUCCUCGGAGAAGACCCCAGGCCUUUCACACGCCCAUUCGACCCAACCACACAUGUGUCACCAGUCCUGACCGGUAAGACAGACGCGAACCCAAUAGCUUUUGCCAAAAAGAACGAUCUCGAGCUUGUCAUCUUCUGCGGAAGUCCCGGAGCAGGCAAAUCUACUUGGUUCCAACAGCAUUUGAAGCCACUUGGUUAUGAACGCGUAAACCAGGAUUUGCUCAAGUCGAGAGACAGAUGCCUUAAGGUCGCCAGAGAAUUUCUGGAAGACGGAAAGUCGGUAGCAGUUGAUAACACCAAUGCCGACGUCAAAGCUCGCGAGUACUGGACCAAGCUGGCGGAGUCACUCGAGAUACCCAUUCGAUGCGUGCACUUCACAGCCCCGUCCAAAUUGUGUGAACACAACGAUGCAGUUCGCUCCAUCGGAGGUCAACAACUUGGGAUGAACCCAGAGUCGAGGAUCAUGCUGCCGAAGCAGGCAUUUACUGGAUUCGCAGCCAGAUACAGCCCGCCAACUCUGGAUGAGGGCUUCACGGAUAUAACCAAAGUGGAUUUCGAGUUCUCUGGCACCGAGGAGCAGAAGACCGCAUGGUCGAAGUUCUGGGUUUGA